CGGACACCCGCGAAACGAACCGGCGGCGUUGGCGAACUCCCUCUCUCUCUCUCUCUCUCUCUCCCUCCCUCCCUUUCGCCGUGACUUUCUCUCUCUAAAAACUCUCUCUCUAGACUCUCUCGUGUCGUCUCCUCUCCCCAUCCUGUUCGCAAAACCCAAAACCCAAAACCCCCAAUCGCUCUCGUCUCCCCUCCCCUUUCUUUCAGUUUCGGACCCCGAUUUUGCUCGUUAUUUGCGGUUGUGCCUCGCAAAGCCGCGGCCUUUAUAGCACAGUCCCCGCAGUUUCGGCAGUACAAGCUCCUUCCUCCCUCCUCCCGUUCGUUUCUCUCUCUCUCUCUCUCUCUCCUGCUGCUGUUGCUUCUGUUGCUGCUGCUGCUGCUGCGGCUGCGGCCUGCUCUGCUGCUCUGGCUCGCGCGGACUGCCAAUGCGCGGUCGCUAGCGGGGGCUGCAUUGGUUCGGCGAAGUGAGUGAACGGCCUAAUCCCCUCCCCUCCGUAUUCCCCUCUCGCGGCUUCACAUGAUCGUGUGAGGUUUUCGCGGCGUGGAGAGUUUUGGGGACGGUUGCGACGGUCGUUGGAUUGGGUCAAUUGGGCGCCCUGCAUGGGAGAUUCGGGGUUCGCCGUUUUGCAUGUUAUGCUGGUGCGGUGGGGGAUUUUCUGCGGGCGAGCUGCGGAUAAUGUCGACGGCGUGGGCAGGGUUUCCCGCACGGUGAUGGAGUUUACCGGGCGUUUCGCGUGCCUCGUCGCGGGAAAUUAUCGGCUCACGAGGCGAUUGGGGUUUGCUUUUCGGGCCUGAAGUUAAACAGUCUGUUAGUGAUGGUGGUUAUGUUCUUGGUGUGCUCGAUUGAUCUGUUGAUUGGCCGCAAUGCCGCAUUGCCGUUGUCUCCUUGUUAUAGAUGAUUGUUCCUGCAGAAUGAGAGUUCUUUCAAGAGGGUGCUUGUACUUUGUGCAGGGACCAACAUAGGUGAUUUGUUGCUUGUAGUCAAUUGGUCAAUACCUGAUCAAAACGGCUCUUUUAAAAGACCUUUUUCCAGCAAGUGAGAUUGUUGUUUGUGGACAAGUUUCUGAUUUUUUAUAGUUGACGAUUCAUGAAUACAUGAGUUAGUGAUAUGGGUAAUGUGACAGUUUCUGUCCCUUUGUAUGUGCAUCUUAAGAUUACAAUUUUAGUUACAUUGAUUACAUGGUCAAGACAACUUACAGAGAUGAUGUAUUUUGGAUGGAGCUGCCUUUCUGACUUGACGUGCAUUUGAAUCUUGCCCUCACUGGAGUGCUUUGCACCUUCAUGAGUUCGGAUGAGAGACAUGUACUGGAUUUGCUUUCAAAGAGCCUUUACACGUUUUUUUAAUUUAUACUGGAUGAUCAGCUUUUGUAACGGUAGUGUGAAAAUUGAGAAUCUUUGAUGACUCGAGGUUGUUCUCGAAGGAAAUUGAGGAUGUUACAUUGUCUACCUUGUGAUACCAGUUUCCUUGUUUUGUUUUCUUUCCUUUAUAGUUAAAUUUAAACUUAUGAUUUUUCCUCAAUCAAUCACAUGCUUGAAAACAAGAUGAGGGUUUUUUUCUUUUUUUGGGAGAAAGAGUUUCUCUUCUCCUUUAAGUGAUUGACUAAUAUGAAUUUUCCUCUUCAAAUUGCCUUUCACAGGAUUUACUCUUUUUUUUCUUCCCCUGAUAAGGAACAUUUAAAAGGUAAAUGAAAACGCUUUAAUGAUCAGCUGUUUAUGGAUAUUAAGCUGCCGAUAUUUCUCAUUAGAUGUGUUUCAAGUACUCGGCGACUUGGUCGAUAUCAUGCAUCCCAAAGAUGAUAAACUUCAUUUCAGUGGAAAAAGGAUCUACGGUGGGAAACUUCACGAUCUGUAUAAAAAUUGCCCAAAACACUCUCGUUGAUGUGUUUGCACUUCUCGUGGAGCUGGUCUUAAGUCUUUUGGUUGGUGACAAUUCGUCACAUCCUUCAUAUAUCAAAGACAUAUUAUGACACCCUUUAGGAGAUGCACCUAAAUUUUUGCCAUAUUUCUCAUAUCCAAAUGCUUUCAAUCUUAGGAAAUAGUGAGUCUUUUUCAGAUUUAGGAAGCUGCAAUGCCUCUACGUCAGAUUGGUCUAAGUUAAUGGUUCUCAAUAUGUUACUGUUGAAUUUAACCUGAAACUCUACAGGUGAUUUGUGGGAAUAUAUGUGGCAGAAUGGCUAGGUUUUACUUAAAUCACAGCUAAAUCUAUUUUUAGUUUGUCAUUUUGGCGUCCACAUGGUGAAUGAAAUGCUUGGGUUAUUGUGGAAUUUUUUGCAUGAAUGUAAAUAUUCCUUGCGAUGGCUAAUCUGAUCUGUCCUUUUUCCUUCUCAAAUUUAUUUACUCACUUUGGCAGGUAGUUAGCACAGAGAUUGCGCUGCUCCAGCAGAAACAGAGGAGCAGGCUUGCUUUUACUAGAAGAAGGGCUUUACCAACUAAUUGGACAGGCGGAUUUUGUUUCAAGAAGCUCUCAGAUUUGGAUAAAUUGUGCUUUCAAUUGUGUGAAUCCAAUGGACAAUGAUUUCUGUGAGGAGCAGCAAGUUCCUUCUGCUGUUUUGACAGGAGUAGUCUUCAAUGUUCUAAGUUGCAGAGAAGUGGAGAAGAUAUCUUCAAUAACAAUUGAGUCUGUCGGUGAGGUCAGUGACUCUAGAUUGGGACUCCCAAACUCCUCUGGUCAGUGCUCCACUUGUGGCGCCAAAGACUUGAAACAGUGUGAAGGUCAUUUCGGAUCUAUCAAGUUGCCAUGUACAAUACUUCACCCGUAUUUUCUGUCUGAAGUUGCUAAGUUGCUGAAUAAGAUUUGCCCAGGUUGUAAAUCUGUUCGGCAAGAUCUACGGGUUAAGAAGAGUGGUCCGGGUCAGGUACAUCAUGGGACUAGGGGUUGCAAAUACUGUCUCCCUACUCAAGUAGAUUAUUAUCCGCCUAUGAAGUUCAAAGUGUCAUCUAAGGAUCUUUUCAGAAGAACUGCCAUCAUUGUAGAAGUAGAUGAAAGUUUUCGAAAUACUCAAAAGAAGCUAAACAGGAGGAUUUGGCCCUCUGAUUACUGGGACUUUAUCCCAAAAAAUCCGGAACAAGAAGAAAGUUCUCUGAAACCAAACAGAAGGGUAUUAUCGCAUGCUCAGGUUUAUCACUUAUUGAAUGGCGUUGAUCCUACUUUCAUUAGAAAGUUUAUCUCAAGACAAGAUUCUCUUUUUCUCAACUGUUUCCCUGUAACACCAAAUGGUCAUCGUGUGACUGAAGCCACUCAUGCAUUUUCUCAUGGACAGCGGCUGGUCCUUGAUGACCGAACGAGGGUAUACAAGAAACUUGUCGAUUUUAGGGGGACAGCUAAUGAGUUGGGCUCACGCGUCCUUGAGUGUCUUAAAGUUUCUAAGCUGAACCCAGACAAGUUAUCGAAUACCGAAUCUGCUUUUGCCCAGAACAGAAAGAGCAGGGACUUGGAUUUCACUUCUUCUGGUUUGAGAUGGAUGAAAGAUGUUGUUCUCGGGAAGCGGAGUGAUUACUGUUUUCGGAUGGUUGUGACUGGUAAUCCAAACAUCAAGCUCAGUGAAAUUGGUGUACCGUGUCAUAUAGCAGAGAGAUUGCAAGUAUCUGAGACUUUGAAUAAGUGGAACUGCGAAAAGUUAAAUGCUGUCUGCAGUUUACUGCUGCUUGAAAGAGGUGGCAUGCUUGUUCGGAGAAAAGGGCGUCUUGUGCGUAUCAGUCACAUGAAAGAACUUCUUUUUGGAGACACUAUAUACAGGCCAUUAAGUGACGGAGACAUGGUUUUGGUAAAUAGGCCUCCAUCUAUACACCAGCACUCUCAUCUCGCAUUAUCUGCCAAGGUUCUACCCAUAGCCUCAGCUCUAUCUAUAAAUCCGCUAUGCUGUUCCCCUCUUCGCGGAGAUUUUGAUGGGGACUGCAUCCAUGGAUAUAUUCCGCAAUCGGUGGAUGCUAGAGUAGAGCUAAGAGAGCUGGUUGGUGUGGAUAGGCAGUUGUAUAAUGGGCAAAGUGGCAGGAACCUUCUUUCUCUUGGUCAGGAUAGUCUAGUUGCUGCUCACUUGAUAUUGGAGGAUAGUGUUUGCUUCAACCGCUUUGAUAUCCAACAACUUAAAAUGUUGUGCCCCAAUGAUUUGCUUCCUCCGGUACCUUCAGUCGAGGGUGGAAUGUGGACUGGGAAGCAAUUAUUCCAGAUGCUCUUGCCUAGAGGAUUUGAGUGGUUUUCGUCUUCGAAUGACAUUGGAAUUAGCAAUGGGGAAAUUGUCUUUUCAGAAGGAUCUGCUUGGCUUCGAGAUGCCGAUGACAAUCUCUUUCAGAGGCUUAUCACUUUUUGUCAGAGUAGGGUACUUAACAUUUUGCAUGCUGCUCAAGAAGUUCUUUGCGAGUGGUUGUCCAUGAGGGGUUUUAGCGUUUCAUUAUCAGAUUUGUACCUUGCGUCUGAUUCAUUCUCGCGGGAAAAUAUGAUCGAGGAAAUUAGUUGUGGUUUGCAAGAAGCAGAUGAAACAUGCAAUAUCAAACAGUUUAUGGUGGAUUCUUCACGGGACUUCCUCGCUGGAAAUGGUGAAGAAAUAAAUGCUAUGGCCUUCAAUUCAGAACGGUUGUGUUAUGAGAAGCAGAAAUCCCCUGCCCUUAGUCAGGCAUCUGUCGAUGCUUUUAAGCGAGUCUUUCGAGACAUACAAAGUUUGGCAUACAAGUAUGCUAGCAAGGACAAUUCCAUGAUUUCUAUGUUUAAAUCUGGAAGUAAGGGUAAUCUGCUAAAGAUUGCUCAACACAGUAUGUGCGUUGGCCUGCAACAUUCUCUAGUUCCGUUAUCUUUUGAUAUACCACAUCAUCUUUCCAAUGCUUCUUAUAAUAGCCAUAAGGAAAGGAAUAUAGAUCGUACGCAUGAUUUUCCAUUUCCUCAGUCUUUCAUCCCAUUUGCAGUAGUCAAGAACUCCUUUCUUUCCGGUUUGAAUCCAUUAGAGUGUUUCGUGCAUUCUGUCACAAAUCGAGCUAGUUCCUUCAGCGAGAAUGCCGAAGUCCCCGGAACCUUACACCGGAAGCUUAUGUUUUUCAUGCGUGAUCUAUAUGUUUCCUAUGAUGGCACAGUUAGAAGUGCUUAUGGCAAUCAACUCAUAGAGUUUUCUUAUGGCAUUGAGAAGCAAUCAUCUACUCCCUGCAGCCGCAAAGACAGUCUCUCCUGUGAGAAUGCAAAAUCUGGGGAAGGGAUGGGAGGCCAACCUGUUGGUUCAAUGUCUGCCUGUGCCAUUUCUGAAGCUGCAUAUAGUGCUCUAGAUCAGCCAAUCAGUCUCCUUGAAAUGUCGCCACUGUUAAAUUUGAAGAAUGUGCUGGAGUCUGGUACCAAGAAAAGCAACUCUUGUCAAACAAUGUCAUUAUUUCUCUCUAAGCAGCUUGCAAAACAUAGGCAUGGUUUAGAAUAUGGAGCCCUUGCAGUUAAAGAUCAUCUGGAGAGAAUGUUCUUCUCAGACAUAGUGUCAACCACAAUGAUCAUUUUCUCCCCAGAGAAUUAUAACCAGAAUUUGAGUCCAUGGGUGUGCCAUUUCCAUAUAAGAAAGGACAUUAUAACAAGGAGAGGAUUAAUACUUCAUUCUGUCAUUGGUUCUCUUAAGAGGAGAUGUCAUGCUUUCUUGAAGGAAUUAAGAGUUGACCUUCCCCCACUGCAGAUAACUAUCAAUGAUUGUUCAUUAACUGGUGAAGAAAGGGAAGAUGCAGCUAAUAUCUUUUGCAUCACACUCACCAUGGUUGAAGAAUCGAAGAAAGUUGCCACACAGCCCACUCUUUUGAAAAAACUUCAAGAACACGUGAUACCUUGCCUUCUGGAAACAGUUAUUAAAGGAUUCAUGGAGAUUAAGAAGGUAGAUAUCUUAUGGAGUGAAAGCGGCAAGUUAAGCAAAUCUAAGCCUGUGUCAACUGGUGAACUGUACUUGAGAGUAUCCAUGUCUGCACAUUCUGAGAAAAUGAAGCUCUGGAGUGUACUCAUGAAUAAUUGUGUUCCUAUUAUGGAUGCUAUUGAUUGGUCUCGCAGUCAUCCGGAUAACAUUCGUGAAUUCUCAUUAGCAAAUGGGAUAGAUGCUGGAUGGAAGUACUUUCUUAAUAGUCUGGGUUCUGCUGUAUCUGAUACGGGCAAGACUGUUCUUCCUGAACAUUUAGUUCUUCUUGCAAAUUGUCUAUCAACAAGUGGAGAGUUUGUAGGCUUAAAUCCUAAAGGGAUGUCAAGACAAAGGGAAAUCUCAUCUGUCGCAUCACCUUUUGUUCAAGCGUGCUUUUCGAACCCUGGUCCUUGUUUUAUUAAGGCUGCCAAGGCAGGAACAGUGGAUAGUUUACAAGGGAGUCUGGAUGCACUGGCAUGGGGAAAAGUUCCUUCACUGGGGACGGGUGGACUAUUUGAGAUAAUAUACUCUGGCAAGGGGCAUGAGCUUGCAAAGCCUGAGAGUGUCUACAAUCUGCUGGGUAACAAAGUUAGUUCCACACAACAGAAUAUAAAGCUUGAAGUGCCUAAUGCUGGCAGCCAUGUGCCAGACACAUGUGGGGCGGAGUUUGUGCAGGCUGAUAGUGUUUCUAAAGUACUCAAGAAAUUGGAAAUCAAUAAGUCAUUAUUCAGGAAAUUUAUCACAUUUAAUGACAUCCAGAAGCUCUCGCUAGAGCUGAAAAAAAUAUUGUACAAGUACCCGAUCGAUCACCAUUUAGGUGAACAAGAAAAGUCGAUUGUGAUGAUGGCUCUGAAGUUUCAUCCUCGUGGAAAGGAAAAGAUCGGAACUGGAGCUCGGAAUAUAAAGGUUGGACAUCACCCCAAGCACCAAGAUUCUCGCUGCUUCAUGCUGGUCAGAGACGAUGGAAUGGCAGAAGACUUCUCUUAUCACAAGUGUGUUCUCGGCGCCCUCGAGAUAAUUGCUCCCCAAAGGGCAAAAACCUACCAAUCGAAAUGGUUGAAACACGAGGCGGAGCAGACAUAGAAUGCUUCUCUUCUGCGGAGACGGAACAUGUACAGCCAAGUACCUGUAAUCAGCCUUCUCUCUCUCUCUCCUUUUUUUUUAGCCAAUUGAUUCAAUAAAUGGCUGUUCUUUUCCACGCUUCUUUUUGCUCCUUUUACUGCAUUUCGUUUGCCUACUUAUUUGAUUGGCAGAAGAGAUGUAGUGGAAGCAGCAACGAGAAGCUCUUAAAGCGCAUCCAUCCUUUCUGUUUUUCAGUAAUGUGCCGGAAAAAUGUUGUACUCAGUUUCCAUAUAAGUUCAGUUGUUAUAAUUGGUGGACCGCCUAUGAUGAUUUGCACUCCCGCUUUCUUUUCUUUGGGAGUGAAAUAGACCUCUAAUGAACGGUAACCUUUUGUCGUGGCGGCAGGUGAACUCUUUUUUCAGUCAAUAGAAAUAAGCCGAUAGAAGUAUAUUGAGUUCA